AUGGAAAAAAUAAAACACGUUUCUACACCUCAGCCUCGAACAUGGUCCUGGAGAAGAAGCAUUGUCUCGAUAGCAACAGCAGCAGGGAUAGUGGGCCUGGUCGGACUCGGUAAAUUCCCCAUCCUAACAGGGGGCUGGGUCUCGCGGGACGAACCUCAAGUUCAAGACUUGCCCUAUGGAUCAUUCCCACAAGAGAAUGACCCAUUCCACUUUCUCCCUUGCACUGAUACCAGUCGUCCGCCGCCUCUGGAUGACCCGACUCCAGGACAAUCAUGGGCUGCCCUGUUCGACCCCAAUCCCGACCAUUGGAGCUGGGGGAGCACGGGUCAGGGCAUCUACCUGUGUGGAUACUUGGAUCUCCCACUCAAUUAUCACAACACCUCAGACCAUCGUAUUGUCCGCAUUGCAGUUACCAAGUUCCAGGUCGCUGGUUUGGCUUAUCGGAACGAUUCCAGCAUGUCACCCAUGAGCCACAAGAGUGAGCGCACUAUCAUCAUAAACCCAGGAGGCCCGGGAGGAAGCGGGACAUUUUUCCUUUGGGAUGCUGCUGAAGAGACGACUAACCGCUUAAGUGACGGACAACUCGAUGUACUAGGGUGGGACCCUCGUGGUGUGAACUUUUCCCUCCCUGCCGCGGCAUGUUUCCCUCAAGACAAGCUCCGGGACAGAUGGUCACUCCUGGCAAAUCACUAUCGCGAGGAAGCUCCAAAGGCCCAACUAGAGGCUACGGAUGCCAUGAACAAUGCUACAGUCUUUGCGUGCCAGCAGCGGUUGGGGGAUUUUGGUCGCUUCGUCAGCACGGCGUCAGUGGCACGCGACCUAGAUGAGAUCCGAAAAGCACUCCGUGAAGAAGUAGUCACGGGAUAUUUGGUUAGCUAUGGUACGGGGAUUGGUCAGACGUAUGUCAACAUGUUUCCUAACCGAGCGGGUCGUUUGAUCCUCGAUGGUACGGAAUAUGUCAAGGAUCAUCGCCUUUUGGGCGGCUUUGGCUGGACUGCUCUCGACAAUGCGACAGAUGCAUGGCGCGACGGCUUCUUGGGAGAGUGUAUCAUCGCCGGUCCAAAGGGGUGCGCAUUGGCAAAUCCUGUUCCUAGCCAGGACGGACCCGUCACCCUCGCACAGCUUGAAGCGCGUAUGACACAGCUACUUGAGUCACUCAAAGUGCGCCCUCGAUCCGCGUACACUGAAUCAGGCGGUCCUUCCCUGGUCACUUACUCAGCACUCGUGGAGAGGGUUCUAUAUCGGGCUAUGUAUAGGCCAAUGGAUUGGCCAGAGACGGCACAAAUGCUCUAUGAGCUCGAGGCAGGGAAUGCCACUCUUGCUGCCAACUCCCUAGAUCUCUCGUGGAGCGACCAUUCCGAAAAGCCAUUAUACCCCUACGUUCCAUCUUCCAGUGAACUGGAUUUUUUCGUGAUCUGUUCAGAUUCGUACGAUGCGCCCCUUCCAGAUGGGCUUGACUGGUGGGAUCAGUUGUGGGAGACCAUGUCUGACCGGAGCUGGAUGGCAGGCAAUUCUCGCUUCUUCGCUGUUUUUCCUUGUCGAUAUUACAAUACCUAUUGGGACCGUCCUUCGGAGGUGUACCGUGGCAAUCUCAACCACACUCUCAAAACCCCUGCUUUGCUUAUCGCUUCUCCAUAUGACCCCGCAACCCCGUUGCGCAAUGGAAGGAGACUUCUAGCAGAGAUGGGACAGAACGCCCGGUUGAUUGUUCACCAUGCUUAUGGGCAUAGCUCUAGACGUGACAGGUCAGACUGCACGGAUCGAAUUGCUAAAGCUUAUAUUCUACAUGGCACUCUUCCUGAGGAACAGGAAAUUCAGUGCUAUGCCAAUCACAAGCCUUAUGCUCGUGGUCUCAUCGGCGACGAAUGA